AAAGCGUAGCGACCGCAAAAUAUGCUCAGUAGCAUUGAUGCGCCUUUUGACCCGGCCUCUGACUUUGACACUGAAACCGAAACCGAAACUGAAACUGAAAAUAGAAACAGAAGGAAAAGAGCUUUUCCCUUUGACUUGGCAUUAGUCGAGCAGGAGUGCGGCGUCUUAUUAGCAGUUCCGUAUUGUGCUUACACUGAGAGAAAGAGGGGCAGGAAAAGCUGUUGCUAGUAGUUGGGUUAAAGAACUUAAAGUUUGGGUUUUAAUUUUGGGAAUUUUCGGUGAUUGCUAGUUGAAGUUAAGGGGGAAAAUUCCUAUAUUUUUCCCUAGUUUCCACACCCCCAAACAUGCAAACUCUUUUAAGAAAAGUUCAAGUUGUAUUCCAAACAUGAAAAAAGCAAAUGAAAACAUGAAAAACAUCCUCACCUAAUUAAGGUAAAAAGUACAAUGUUUUCCAUUACAAGAUUACAUGGCUUUGCUGUACAUAUUUUCCAGCUCUCCAACUUUUUCACUCCCCCUCCGCAGCAAGUGACCCAAUUAAAGGUCAUGUUUAUUUUGCAAAGUGUCCCAUUAGCCAUCCAUCGAAUGGUUUCAUUUCUUUAUGAACGAGCGAAAAGAACAUGAUAUGGAGAAACGCCUUUAGGCUAGGACCCCAUUUCACUUUCACUUGUCCAAUUAGCUGUCGAGAAAGUACUAAUACUUCUGCUACUUCUUUCUCUGCCCUACUACUGACCCAUCCAAUGUUUAGUACUCCAGAUGUCAUGUAGUUCAUUUUGGGUCUCCACCUCUGACUGGGAUUUGCUUUCAUUUGUUCUGGUUCUUACCGUCCAUCCACCCAUCCACCCACCUACCUGGCCUCCGGGGAAGUCAGAUUGAACACUGAAUUGGACAUCAUUAGUAGGUGAAAUGGGGGCGGUGCGUCAGAUGUAGGCGUGACUACUGAGGGGCAUUAGGUUAAGGAGUUCACCUUGUGAAAGUUACUCUCCCCUGGAGGUAGGUAGGUAGGUAAAAAUGACCAAAGGAAUCGUUUUCGCAAUCCUUGACUGGGGCUGGGGGAAUUGAUGAAGGGUAGGGAAUGGAUGACCCCAUGGAAGAUGAAGAGACGACGACCAAGACCAAGACUAAGAAGAAGAAGCAGAAGAAGAUGACUCUUCGGUGAAGGACUGUAAUUGAGAUGGGUGCAAAAUACGUUAGAGAAGAGGUCCUUUUGGACCUUCUUUACGGUCCUUCAGCCCUCCCCCCCCCCUCCAGUCGAGUAGCCUCAAACAACAAGAUGUCAUAUCAUCGAAAUGGCAGUCUCAUUACGAGACUUUGUUCUUCGCCUUUUUGUUCGUUUUGUUCCUUUCUAUUGUUGUUGUUCUUUUUGCUGUUGUUGUUGUAUCUUUUGAGCCGGCAUUAAUCAAAGGUCGUCUUAGGGUUAAUGUUUCACCAAGAAACCAAGAAAGGGUGUGGGAAUACAAAUACAUAUUUGCACGUUUGCGGUCAUAAUAAUAGCACUUGGAUGAGUUUGAAGUAUUUAAAGGAGACAUUAAAUUUAAUCUUGUUUUUAAAUAUCUGUAAUUAAGUUUUACUUUUUUUUGAAGGAAAGGAACUUCUGUUAAAAAGGUUUCUAACUAAGGCUAAAUCGAUCUUUUAACCCCACCCAAUAAUCUUCCUUGUUGUGAUAUCCCAUUUUCCUGACCAUCACUGUAACUCCUAUAUAGUAUAGUGCUGUAUAUCGCCUUUAUUUACCACACACUAAGCGGCUGUUAAUGACGCAAUUUCCGUACGUAAACGUAAACGCAGGCCUUCGUUUGGCAACCUUUGAGGGUCAGUUGCGUUGGCCAACUUCUCGGUGCUGUUGGCCACAGCUAAUUAGCUUAGCGCAUUUAAAUCGUUCAUUUCUAAGGCAUCUCUCUCGCUCUCUCUCUCUUCCUAUAUAUAUAUCUAUAUAUAUAUACUCUAUAUAGAAACAGUUAGUUAUAUGGACAACCCUUGGUGAAAUGACAGUCGAUAAAUAAAAUGGGGCUUAGCAAUUGGAGAGGAGGAGGAGGAAGGAGGCGGAGGAAGCUCCUCCUCAAACAAGCCACAACAACACCAACUCGGCUAUAACCCUUUUCUGGUUCGUAUUCUACAGACGAUUCCAAGCCAUUACACUGAGAAAUGUGACACAAUUUGAAUAACAUUUAAAAUAUAAAAUUGAGCAUCAAUUCGGUUUUCAAAUUCGAUGGGUGGUGAGGAAAUGGGGGGGGAGGAGUAUCUAACACCCAACUCCUGAUGGAUUUGCCGCCUGGAGAGAAUAUUUUCUUGGGCCUUUCUUUUUCUUUUCCUCCAUUGUUUUCUGUUUUUUUUUCUUAUUUUUCCCUCCUCGACUUGUAUUUUCCUUUUCCUUUAUUUUUUUUUUGUUUUUUUACUUUGUCUAAAUUGCGUAAAUUAUUGGCAUAUGUUGUCUUCGCAGUCCUGUCGAGGCAAUGAAACAUUUUUAACCCUUUUCCUCGUAGACGUCGUCGUCGUCGUCGUCGGAAUUGACAGGGGCGUAGGGGUAGGACAAGGAGAAGGGAGAUAGGUUGGGCAGGGAGAAAAUGUCGAUGUCGGGCCUGGCAUUUUAUACCAUUUCACUGGACUGGCUUGCCAUUUUUUUCCUUUUCUCCAGUUUUUCUUGGCGAUUCUCACACCCCUUUCUUUCCCUCUUUGGCCGCCUCUGUCUGGCUGCCAGUUGGCUGUCAUUUAUCCCCCACUUCGGGUUCAGUUUCGGCUCUUCCACCAAUUUUCUCUGCCGCCUCCUUUCCGUUUCCCUUUCCCCUUUCCCCUCUCCCCUAUUCUUUUUUUUUUAUCAUUUAUGGCCGUCGUUCUUUGGCUUUUUAUGUGCGCUAUUUCGCGAAGUAGAACAAUAGCCAGUCACCCAGCCAGCCAGCCAACAAAGUCCUGGAUCCAGGAUCUGGGAAUCCUACAAACUGAAUCCCUCUCCUGUAAACCCACUCCUGAAUAUACCCUACUCCUUCCUAUCCUACUUCAUCUUCGUGUCCUUUUGUUACAAAACAAAACGGGGCAGAGUGAGCCAGCCAAUGUCCUUCACUAUCCUAUCCUAGCGCCCUCGCGCUACUUUAUUGUCUUGCCAAAAGAAAUAGACUUUUAAUAUACUUGGCCAUUCAGAGCACAAAACAUGAAGCUCCUGGGGAAAACUCCUUUCCCCCCCUUAACAAAAACAACAAAACACACACACAGAGAGAGAAAGAGUGAGCGAGAAGAACGACAAGUGUCUGGGAGUGUGGAAAUAUUAGGCGAUUUUGCCAGUUCAUUGACUUGCCACAACAAUAGUUUGAAGUUUGUCUGCCAAAAUAUGAGAGUCCGAAUAAAAUGGAACCAAUUCCGGGGGAUCAAAGUGGAAAGAGGUAGGGGAGAGGGGAGGGCGGGCUGAAAACAGAAGCUAAAAAGUUUUUCAACUUUAAUAGUUUCGACCAAUUUGAGAGUGGCUAAAAGGCCGGGUAUAAAUGGCAGCACUGGGAGUGCAAAUAAAAUCGCACUCCAAAUUUUAUGUUUGCACUUCUUGAAGGGGCAAUUUUCCGACUUUAUCAAUUUGCAAUUUCAAAAAGGGGGGGUAAGGGAUCGACAUUCUCUUUCUGAAAUGUUAGAAGAAGCGCAGAGUUCAUAAAGGCCAAUCAAAUAAACUUCAUUUUUAACCCCCCAGUAGGCCUUGAUUAACUGUCACUUUUAGACUUUAAAAAUGUUAGACUUCCAUAGCUCAUUCCAAACACAACACAGUAACUAAACACACACACCACAUACUAAAUUCCAAAUUGGAUUUUCCUUAGGCAGGGCGAACGAGGUUUUUCUAAGAUAAACCAAACCCUACCACCACCCCAAGAGAACCUCAAGCCAUGGCCGAAAAACCUAAUGCCGAGGAUAAUCAAAGCUUAAAAAGUACCAACAACGAUCGACCACCAAAUCGCUUGGAGGCUCGACAUCGUCAGCAAGACCAGAAUAAUGCUGUCUUCGCUCGACUUUUCGCCAGCUUGGAGGGUGAACAUCGAAAACUAAAAGAAUUGGAAGAACGCCGAGCCAAACUCACCGAGGAAAUGCGAAAUUUGCGGGCUCUACUCUUCGCGGAGAAUCAAAAACUACGCCAGUCGAUAACGCCACUGCCUGGCACUAGUCCCAGUAGUAGUAAUCCAAAAUCAAAUCCAAUUCCCAUACCCAUUGCUAAGAUUGCAAAGAAUCUUCCUGGCACCAGCUCAGCUGGUCCCAAAAGAUCUUCCAUUAUGAAGACGACUUCACGUUUGGAUCGAAAGGCUUCUCGUAAAUCGGUUACCAUUGCCGAGCCACCGGGUCAAAGUUUGAAGGUUAGUGAAAAACCCAAGGCAAGUAGCACCCAAGCCAUGCAGAAGAAAGGCAAUCGUCGAAGGCUUAAGAAUUCAACAACCAAAAGUAAAAAGAGGAAGCCUUUGGAUAACUUAUCAAACACCAGGGAGGACUUGCUAGACGAACUCGAUGAAUCUUCACUCAACUCUACCUCUGUGGGCUCCAAUCUGCGAACUCUGGAGCAACGAAGAUCCGAUCUGGAGGAUCGCCAAGAUAGCGAUGAAGUUUUGGUCUCCUUGCCGGCUCUUUUUCAACUUUUGGAUUCUCAAUUAACAGAUACAAAUACCUCAACUUUACCAAAUAUUCCAGACACUAUCGAUUCGAAAAUACCCGAAGAACCUCUUUCCAAUGCCGUUCAGGAUCCAAGUUUCUAUCUUCCAAGUGCCGACUCCUUGUUCAAGGAUAUUCUGGGAACCAACUCAGUACCUUUGGCAAUGGAUUUGCCAGAGGUAUCACUGGAAGUUCCAUCAAUUGGCCUGGCCGAAUGUUCUGGUAAUGCGAUGGAGAAGAUCUUGGAAAAUCAACAGGAAAACAUGAAAAUGGAAAAUGAUUUAGAACCCUCCGCUGACUUUUAGAUUCUGUUUUUUUCGUUUUUUAUGGCUAAUUAAACUUUGGAAUACAACACGAGAACUCAAUCUGGCAAGAUUUCUUAACAACUUACAAACAUAAAAGCUUAAGAUUUUCAGUUUUAAUGGAUAGAAUUUUGAAAUGUAGAAUGUAUGACACAUAGGUUUUGUUUGUGGAUUGGGUUGGAAAGCUAGCAAUAUUUUUUAGGAAAAAUGGUUUUAAAGGCAAGGAAAUUCUGAUUAAUCAAUAAAAGUUCUUGAAAACAAAAAACUAUAAAAAACCGCAGAACUUCUAGCUUAACAUUAUAUUCUUAUAAUUUCCCCAUCUGAAUCUAUCAAGAAUGUGGCAUAAUAUUUGCCGUCAAGUGAGUAGAGAGACCCAAUGAUGAAAGAAAAUCGGCACAUGUUCCUGGCAUAUUCAGCCCGUCGUCUGCCUGCCUGCCUGCCUUUUCUCAGCAUUUCUUGCGCCUGCCUUUUCCUUAUUUAGUUUUCUGUUAUUUUUCUCUCCUACUUUUUGGUAUAUUCAAUUUGCUGACCCUUGUGUAUACCCCCCCCUGUCUCUCUACCCCAAAGUGUAGUCCUCCUGGGGGUCGAGUCGAAGAGGACACUGUGGACAUCCAUUUCAAAACAAAUUAGUUGCCAACUGUCCGAAACAAAUGUUGUCUAACGAGCAAAAUCAAGUUGUCUCCCAUUGCCAUAGUCUAGGUAUGGUAUAUAGUAUAUAUAUAUAUAUAUGAUAUAUCAGAUAUAUAUAUAUAGUAUUUGUAUGACAUAUACCCCCUCUUUGGCCGAGUUGUUUGUCCAACGAAAUGAUAUCAAGCUCGGCACUUCAAUCAUAAUGUUCAUCACGAUUUAUUUUCCUUUUCCUUUUUUUCUGUUAGCCUGCGUGGGGAGAAGAGUUUGAGGGUAGCAUAUUGAUUGGACUGGGUCAAGAGGUUAGAUGUUUGUGUGGGAUUUUCCCUGCUUCGUUUUUGUUUGUUAGUGAAAUGCACUUGAAGUGCAAAACUAAACUUGCAAGUCAAACCUAUGUAUGGCGGCGGUGCUGGGGAAAUGGCAAAUGGAAAAUGGAAAAUACAAAACUCAACUAAACUAAACUGAAAACUGAACUAAGCCAAACCGAAAACUAAACAAGUUUUCUGGCUACCGAAAAACCACCUGACCCACACGAGCAUACAAAUUACUUAUGUGCGCAGGAUGGUGGGUGGAUGAAUGGGUGGGUGGUUAGGUGGUUGGUUGGUAGUCAUACUUUUCUAUUUUCCUUUUUUUUUUGUUGUGUUUUGUUGUUCGUUUUUCGUUACUGUUGUUGUUUGUUUUCAAGUAGGUCAUUAGAGAGGCCUUCGCCCUUCGCCCGGCCACUUGAAUUAUUAAAUUCCCCCGACUUUUCGAACUUCUGCAGUUGAGCGAGGCGAAGCGAGGCGCUUUUCCUGCCCUGCGCUCCUCAAAUAUGCAUGAAUAUAUAUAUACAUUAUAUACCCCUCUUGAUAUAUAUAUAUAGUCCUACUAUAUCGCAUUCGUAUUCCUCCAGGUCUGCCAGAAUGUUUCCAUAACUUACCUAAAAGUGGCGAAAAAGAGAGAAAAAAGAAAGAAAUAUUUAUUGUAAUUUUUUUUCGGUUUUUUUAAAUUCGAGCAGCAGCAGCAGCUUAAAUUGUGGAAAAGUUUGACAUUCUAGGUAAGUAGGUUUCUUUCUAUAAAUGUUAAAUUUACAAUUUUAUAAUAUUUCUAUUUCUUUUAUAGAUUUUUAAGUUCAUCACAAGAUCACAAGAUUUUCCUCUUUAAACUAUUUCAAGUUUGAGUUAAGUUCUGAAGGAGUUCCCCUAACCACUUUUUGUGACCACCACCACACUACCAAGCGUUUGCUAGUCCCAUAAAAAGUAAUUGGAAUUUUCAUUUAAUAUAAAAGCUGAGCGAACACACAGGCAGGCGGCAGCAGCAGCAGCAGCAGCGG